UCAAGCCACCCAGGCAAGCGCACAGUCACAUCAUAGCCGCACGGACCCUAGCCUUGCGCGCGUCUCGGACUGCACCAUUUCGCCCGGGGGAGGCGUCGGGGGGAGGAAUGCUGUGGAGUCGCCUGUGGAGACUCCUCGAAGCGCGCGGGAGGAGCUGACUGCUUCAGAAAGGAAGGAUCCCGCCAGCGCCCUUCUUCUCUGCGCCCUAGCCGGCUUUCUAGCUCCAAACGAGUGGCAGAGGAUUCGGUCGUGUCCACGCCCCAUUUCUCUCUCUCCCCCCCCCAUGCCGCAGUAGCCGGGUCCUUCCUCCACCCGCUCAGUCAGUGUAACAGUGUCUCCUGGACUGAGGUAGAGUUUGCAGCGGGCUCGGCUUCCGAGGAGGCGAGGCGAAGGGGCCAUGGCGGCCACCGAGAUAGCGCGCCAGGUGGGCGAAGGCUGCCGUACUGUCCCUCUUUCUGGCCAUGUAGGAUUUGACAGCCUUCCUGACCAGCUGGUUAAUAAAUCGGUUAGCCAUGGUUUCUGUUUCAACAUCUUGUGUGUGGGAGAAACAGGGCUUGGGAAAUCAACGUUGAUGGAUACCCUUUUCAAUACCAAGUUUGAAGGUGAGCCAGCCUCUCAUUCGCAGCCAGGAGUUCAGCUGAAAUCCAGUACUUACGAUCUCCAGGAAAGCAAUGUCCAUCUGAAAUUGACCAUUGUUAGCACAGUGGGCUUUGGAGAUCAGAUUAACAAAGAGGACAGCUAUAAAUCUAUUGUGGAAUUCAUUGAUGCCCAGUUCGAAUCUUACCUGCAAGAGGAACUGAAGAUCAAGCGGGUGCUACAUAACUACCAUGACUCCCGCAUCCAUGCCUGCUUGUACUUCAUUGCCCCCACGGGCCACUCUUUGAAAUCCCUGGAUUUGGUAACAAUGAAAAAGCUCGAUAGCAAGGUAAAUAUCAUUCCUAUUAUCGCCAAAUCCGAUGCCAUUUCCAAAAGCGAGCUGACGAAAUUCAAGAUUAAGAUCACAAGUGAGCUUGUCAGCAACGGGGUGCAGAUCUAUCAGUUCCCUACAGAUGACGAGUCCGUGGCAGAGAUAAACGGGACUAUGAAUGCCCACUUACCUUUCGCCGUGAUUGGCAGCACAGAAGAAAUCAAGAUAGGGAACAAAAUGAUGAAGGCCCGGCAGUAUCCCUGGGGGACGGUGCAGGUGGAAAACGAAGCGCACUGUGACUUUGUGAAGCUAAGAGAGAUGUUGAUCCGUGUCAACAUGGAGGAUCUCCGUGAACAGACACACACGCGCCAUUACGAGUUGUACCGGCGAUGUAAACUGGAGGAAAUGGGAUUUAAGGACACUGAUCCAGACAGCAAGCCAUUCAGUUUACAAGAAACUUACGAGGCCAAAAGGAACGAGUUCCUGGGAGAGCUGCAGAAAAAGGAGGAGGAAAUGCGGCAAAUGUUUGUGCAGAGAGUUAAGGAGAAAGAAGCGGAAUUGAAAGAGGCUGAAAAAGAGUUGCAUGAGAAAUUUGACCGCCUGAAGAAGCUGCACCAGGACGAAAAGAAGAAAGUGGAGGACAAGAAGAAAUCCCUGGAUGACGAAGUCAACGCAUUUAAGCAGAGGAAGACGGCGGCCGAAUUACUCCAGUCUCAGGCUCAGCAGGCAGGAGGCUCGCAAACUCUGAAAAGGGACAAGGAGAGGAAGAAUUAACCCUGCCGUUUGCUGCAUGGUGCAUGAGGGCACGUUGUGCUGUUCAGGUUUCCUGUAGAUCCUAUUCUUUUGCUCCAGAAACGACCACCCCGCAUUUUGAAUUAACAUGCAGUGCAUUUCUGUACCCACCUACCCAUCUCCUCCCCACUACACAAACCCCAUUUUGCUUUUGUUUUGCUUUUUUCCUAAACACCAAAAAGAGGCUGUUUUGGUGAAGAACUCUUUGGCAGUCACUUCUGUGGAGCUGAUAAGAAAGGCUCUGAGUACUUUUCUGUCUUAGUCAGAAGCUUGCAGGACCAAUGUCCUAAGACUUUCUUUUUCAGCAUCUCAUUAAUGCAUUGAUGCGUGCUUCUGCAUGAUAGGGCAGCAUGUUCACUUACUACUUGUUCUGCAAUGCCUGAGCCAUGUUGCAGACUCUCUGAGAAAGGCAAAAAAAAAAAAGUUGUGUGCAAAAGAUUCCUUCUCCCACACCUCACCUUUUUAGCUGCAUUUUGACAGUUGCAGAACUUGUCACAAAGGCCUGAUGAAAAAAAAAGCCUCAGGGAUGUGAGUCCCCAUCUGCACUAUACAUUUUAAUCAGUAUCAUAUGACUUUAAAUGGGUUGUCUGAUGGAACCCAAAGAGUUCAUUAUCAUCCUGGGAAAAUGUGACCCGCGGGGUGCUUCAAGGUUCUGUCCUUGGGCCUGUUGUUCACAUCGAGAACUAGGCCAGGUAACUAGACUGACCCUAUAACAUGUUUACUAAGAAGUCCUGCUGAAUUCAGUGGAACUCAGCUUCUUAGUAAGCAUGGUUUGGAUAGAAUUAUUUUAUCUGAACAGAAUUCCCACAGCUUUCUUUCUAGGGACAUGGGAGGCCCUUUAUACGAAGUCAGACCAUACCCUAAACCUGUUCACUGGCAACCCUUUCAUUUCAAUAAAGCUUGCUUCAAAUCUGGUAUUGCAGGACUAUCCCCUUAAAUCUGAUUCAAUUUAAGUAUUUCGCCUUGUAGUAUUUCGCCUUAAACAUCGACUAUAUUUUAGAAAUGUGACUUCUUCUCAUGCUUUAUGAUUAGUCUGGAAAAUAGUAAGUAUUUUUCCUUCCCAAAAGUUGAAAAGAACCAUAUAUUCUUUUUUUUUUUUAAAUCCUUCAUUUUUACUAAAAUUUAUUGAAAGCUUUAUUUUUAUACUGGAAGGUUUUGUUUAGAAGUUUCACCCUUUGGGAAAAGGAAAUCUGAUUUGUUUUUUCAGAGCCUUCAGUCUUUUACAUGUAUUUCACUAUAAUUUGGUGGGCAGAGUUACAUUUUUAAAGUGAGAGUUCAAAGGGUUCAGAUAAUUGUGAAAUACUAAAAUUUGCCUAGUUUAAAGAAAUAUAAAAUGAGCUAAUGAAGCAGGAAAAUAUAGCAUAAGAAUACUGAGAAAAAUUAUGGUCUGGCUUAGUAUUCAUUCUCCCCCCCCCCAAAAAAAAAUAAAUAAAUCCUGGAAACCAUAGUUCUAUAUGGAAUAGAGGUAUUUGGAGGGGAAAGCCAUUUUGGAUUAGGUGGUAUGCAACUGAUGUAAGUUGAUAGUGUAGAUGUGACUUCAUAUAUGUCACCUUCAACACCAAAAAGAGCAGGUUGUCUUCCUUAAAUGCACAAGUGGGGAAGCUUUCAUGACAGCAUUUCAUCUCUGUUUUGGAUUUGCAGCAACCCCAGCUGCCUGAGCACCUGUUUCUAUUUGAUGGCAUCAGUUUCAGUUUCAGCAAUGGAAUCAGACUACUUGUGAGGGAGGGUGAGGUCCUUUAGCAGUAAAAUACACUUGUGUCCCUUAGCUUUCUCCCUUAGGAAUUACCCCCCCACCUCAGGAUGCAAAAGUUGGCUAUCUCUGAGACAAACAGCUAAAAGAAGCUAUAAUCUGAUUACAGUGUUUCUGUGUAGACUCCCCUUCUCCUGGAAACUUGCAUGCACGACCCCAUUAUCCUUAAUUGGAUUUCUAGACAAACAUGUACACUUAGAAUCAGAGUAUUAGUCUUGGAUUACAAAGUACUUAUUUAGAAGUGAAAUCUUUGCACUGAAAUCUUGAGGUCCCCUUAAAUGUAACAAAAUGUUUAUCUUUGUGUUGCUUUGUUACAGUCUAUAUUUUUUAUGGAAAACUUUUUUUAAAAGAAUAAACUUCUUUCGUACAAUAA